UCGCCCCGACACCUGGUCAAGUACACGAAGUCCCCCGUCGACAUCCACGUCAAUGCCGAACUACACCCGGUCAAGCUCACGAAACGCCACUCCUGCCCUGCCGUCCUACCGCUUCGACAUAGUGGCGGCCGGCCGCGCGGCGCUCCUCACGAUCACCAACAGCACGGGCAAGUACAGCAUGCAGAUCUUCAACAUCCACAACUACGACCUCAAGCCGCACGAGUUCUCUGCUAUACAGCGCACUUGGUCCAGUGGCCUGGCGCGGGCGCGUGACUCGUUACAUCGCAUCUUCCUGGGCGUCGGGGACUUCAACAUUGCCUCCCGUCCGCCAGUCAGUCAACGUGCGCCCUCUGACGCUACGGCGUGGCGCCUACGACCUGAUCACCGAUGCCAACUUCGGCAACCUGCGUGGCGCCGCCUAUUCGCUGCUGCCAUGGAGGUUGAAUCCCAAUGGCCGACUCACUACGACAAGUCCUGCAAGCAGCUGUCCACGAUCGACCGCAUCUUCUUGGGCAUCGACGCGCACGCCAUGCUUUCGGUCUCAACGAUCCUGACCACCGCGAGGGAUGCGAUGGAGCUCUCCGAGGCGGGCAUCAGUGACCACGCGCCCCUCGUCCUGCAGAUUACUGCCGCUCGCCGCGUCCCUCGAGACGAGCAGCCAAUCCCGACGCACCUCUUCAACCACAGGAAGUACCCCGAGGCCUACUCGCUCAUGCUGGACCACUGUGCCCUGGCGGGGGAAACGGCGGAAGGUCGUUGGAGAGCAGCGAAGCAGUGCAUGAAGCUUGCUGCGCGACGUGUUCGGGACGAACAGUUGAGGACCAACUUCUCCCUCCUCGUCAAGGACUCCACGGUCGAGACCUCGUACAUGGGGUUCAAAUCGGCGGCGCGAGCCGUUUGGCGACAGGACGCUGUCCUUGCGGGUAGGCUUCUCGACUCCUGCCCCGCGAUGGCUGCCCACCUCCAAGUUACCGACGGCAACGUGCACAUCGUGGACCCUAACAGCUUUGCCACUAACUUCGACGCCAUCGCCGAGCGGGUGCGCUCUCUGAGAAGGCAGGCGGCGGAGGCCGCAGCUCGGACCGCCAACGUGCGCGACAGCGCAGCCUGGCGGAGAGUUGAACGCAAGGCCGCCAGACAUGCGCAGCUCUGGGUUCCGCGGCGGCGUCGCAUGAUCCUCUCGGGCUUGCGCGUGGACUCCGCCCCGUGUGCCGCCAAGGACUCGCAGGUGGCUCAGCACGUGGUCACCGACCCCGCGGGCAUGAAGAUGACUGUGGCGAACUACUGGGGUGAGAUCUUCGCGAAGGUGCCGAAUUCUGAACAGCUCAAGACACUGGGCACAUUCUUGGACAAGCAUGCACCGAGGAACCCUGUGGUGGAACUUCCUCAACCUGCCCUUCACAACCUGGAACGAGCGGUCAGCAGGGCACCACCAAGCGCUGCGGGACCAUAUCAGCUGACGUAUGCAGCAUGGCGCCGCAGCCCUGGAGCUUUGCAGCAUCUCCAUGGGCUCAUGGAAGCCCUCUUCAACGACGGAGUUGCCCCGCUCGCCCUCAACUGGUCGAUCUUCAUAUGCGUCCCUAAGGGAACGGAGGAGGACGACGUCCCAGACUCCUGCACGCGCACGGCAUCCUCGGUGCGCACCCUCUCCCUCAAGAACUGCGACGCCAAGCUGAUUGCGGCCUGCGCGGAUCGAGGGCUCCAGCCUAUUGCCACUUCAUCUACUUCACCCGAGCAGAAGGGCUUCACUGCUGGGCGGCGUUUCGUCGACCACAUACCGUUCUUGGACGCGGAGUGCCGCAGGGAGGGCCUCCUUCCUGAUGCUGUGACCCGCCGCCCCAUGUUCCUGUCGUUCGACUUCCGCCAGGCCUUCCCAUCGCUCUUCAGGGAAGUCAUCGAGAAGGUCCUCCCGCGCUUCGGGGUCCCACUGGGCUUCCGCAACGUGAUCGAGGCGCUCUACAGCAACUGCCUCGCCUUCAGCUCCUUCCGUGCCGAGGGCACCAGUGCGGAGCUCGAGCCGUUGUUCGCGCUCAUGUGCGGUAUCAUGCAAGGAUGCCCGCUCUCUGGCACGGUCUGGUGCUUGGCGAUGGAUGCCCCCAUCCGUGCCCUGCUGGCGGCGAUCGCCGAGCAUGAAUCCCUCGCGGCCUGCGCGGACGAUCUCGGGAUGCUGAUCAAGAACGCGGUCGCCCUCCCGAGCAUUGACCACACCUUCGUCUCCAUAGAGCUCGCCUUCAAUCUGCAGCUGGCCUUGCACAAGUGCGUGCUGGUCCCGCUGUGGGAGGAGAUCACGGACGACACAUUGCAGAACGUCAAGUCCUUCCUCGCUGAGGAGGUCCCCCGCUGGAUGGGCUUCCGCAUCGACUCCUCGGCCAAGUACCUGGGAACUCACCUGGGCCCUGGCGUCACGGACUUCGGCAUCUGGAAGGCUGCGGCGGGGAAGUGGUGGACCCGCUGCUGGGAGCUGGCGCGCACGGGCAUGGCCACCAGCCUUGCGGCCCGCGCGUGCAACAUCAACGCGCUGCCGUGCCUGUCGUACCUUGCGCAGUUCUGCUUCAUCGUGCCCGCCAUCUGGAAGGUCGAGUUCACCUCCCUGCACCGCUUGCUGCGGUUGCCGCCGUCGUCCAUGCGCAAGGCUGACAUCCUAUCGUUGAGCGCGUGGUGUGGCUCACCGUCGCCAAUUGGCCUCUCCCCAUACACGAUCGCCGCGAUGAUGCGCUCGGCGGAGAACACGGUCCGUGGAUGGGAAGCUCACCUCCGCCACCUCCAUGAAGCUGCAGUGGAGCAUGUUCCGCUGACCGACGUGAUCAAGGGCAACUGGUCCCCACCGUGGUGGCGGACGAGGAGGGCGAUCGUGCAGAACUACGCCUUGAUCUCGGAUGCGUACGGCCAGCUCGACAUUCCCAGACCGACGCUUGACACGAUCGCGGUCCCGAUCCCGAGCAGGUUCAUCCAGAAGGCGAAGUCGGCGAUGCUCCUGGAGACGAAGGCGGCGGCCGCAGCCACUCCUCCCAGGAAGCCCAAACGACAGGCCACGGCCGCUGCUGUGCUCCGUGGCUCGCUGUACCCCGAGGACCUCGUGCCCACCUUCCACCGCCGGCUGCGCAGGUGGGGGGUCGAGUGCUCGUUGCCCGUGCUGCGCGAGAGAUGGCCUCCGCUGCGUAGCAAGCUGACGGAGGUCCGCCCUGCCUGGAUGUGGUCGUGGAUGCGCACGGCGGUCAAUGGCUGGACGACCUCGCGCCGCAUGAGCGCCGUCAUCGACGCACGCCCGUGCUUCUUCGGCUGCGACGACGAGGAUGCGCUCGAGCACUACAUCCACUGCCCGAUCCUUUGGGCGAUGGCCGCGGGCGACACGGGAGCGGACGCCAUCGGCAACGGCCUGGAGCUCCUCGGCUUCGGCGACGAGAUGUACCACUCGAAGCGGCCCAUCGCGGACUGCAUCUACACCGUCGGCCUCAUGUGCCAGUGCUACCACAUCCAGAAGUAUCGGAUGGACGUGGGCCUGGCCGUGGGCGCCGACCAGCGGGCUAGCGUGAGGCUGGCCGCGCUCCAUGCCAUGCAGGCGGAGGCCGCCGUCGCCAGGCUGUGGGACUGGUUGUCGGACGGCGGCGCUUGGCACGAGAGCGACGAGAAGGAGGAGGCCGGGGAGAGCGGCAGCGCAACCGACCGCGCUCCUGCCCUCACAGCAGCGCGGGGAGCGACCUCCCUGCCCACGAGCCGCCUUUUCCCAGCGCUGGCGGGACCGCUGCAGGAGGCGGCGCUGAAGGAGUACGAGGAGGCGCCCGACUCUGAGGAGCGGCACGCCGAGAGCAGCAGCACGACCGAGGAGCAGCACGGCAUCGGGAGCUUCGAGGGGGCCAUUGGCAUGGACUUCAUGGAGACCGACCUCAGGGCAGAGACCGAGCUGGAGUUCUUCGAUUCCGCUCAGCACGUGCAGGUGCACCUCGAGGAGAAGACCAUGGAGAGCAAGAUCGCUAUGGAAGACGACUACGCCAUGAUCGACUUUACGACGGCGGGCGCGUGCAUCGAGGGCAGCACGGGGUCCAGCGGCGACACCGAUUCCAAGUUCCCUAGCACUAUUGACGCAGGGAUCCACAACCACACGGAGCGGCAGCACGAGCAGAGGCACCUCGAGGUGAAGGUCACAACGAGCAAGGCCACGUUCUCCAAGUUGUUCAACGAUGCCGAUAUGGUGGGCCAGAUGGACACCAGAAUGACGGAGCGUGACUCGGAGCGCGACGGCAUCAGCUUCACGGACCAGGAGCUCGGUCAUGGCCACGCCCGCCCUCAUGAACGUGCAGAAGGCGCCGACGAUGUUCAUGAACAUCCAGCCGCUGCACGGCGUGUCAUCAAGGCGCUGAGCUGGGCCGACGUUCGCGACGACGGAGACCGCUUGGUCGACGGGAGCGUGGGCGACGCGCUGCCCGACGCCACAGACGAGAUCGUUGCGAGCGCACUGCCGCACGGCAGGAGCACGCACCAGCUGAGCCCCGAGGCGCUGGAGCAGCUCAGGGCCGCCUUGGCAAGGCCCUCUCACGAGGAGCAGGGAGUCGGCCGCAGUCAGCGUGGGCGCGGCCUGGCGGCGAGGCGCGGCGACUCCACGCACAUCUGGCGCUGGCCGUUUCGGCAGCGGCGCCGGCUGCCCUUUGCCCGUGCGGGGAGCGAGGCGCGGCUCUCUCCC